AUGGCAGCUCUAAGAUUGAUCUUUUUAGUUCUUUCUCUGUUCAACUUUUCUCUACUUACUUCCACAGCCAGUGGUGCAAAUUCACAUGAGAAAGCUGCACAAAUUUGGUUAAACCAUGGUGGAGAUUUGUACAACAGAAGAUAUGCCCACAGAGAGACCAAAAUAAGCCCUAAAACAGUUUCCAAACUAAGCUUGCAGUGGGAGUUUUAUGCAGGCAAAGAUAUAUCUGCCACACCAGCGAUUUUCGAUGGUACCCUUUAUUUUCCAAGCUGGAAUGGAUUCAUCCAUGCUGUUAAAGCUUCUGAUGGGUCCCUGGUUUGGAAGAAGAACUUGCAUGCAUUAACUGGGUUUAAUGCAACUGGUUUUGUUUUGAAAGUCAACUGGACGGUAUCAAGAUCAACCCCAACAGUCGUUGCCGAUCAUGACUUUUUGAUUGUUGGAAUCUAUGGGCCUGGUGUUGUUAUUGCCCUUCAACGAUCAACAGUGAAGCUCAUAUGGUCAACCCUACUUGAUACUCAUGCCGCAAGUCUCAUAACCAUGUCCGGAACCUACUACAAAGGGAGUAUAUACAUUGGAAUGGCAUCACUAGAAGAAACUCUUAGCGCUGAGGAAUGUUGUACCUUCCGUGGCAGCUUUGCCAAAUUAGAUGUCAAAUCUGGUACCAUCUUAUGGCAGACCUUUGUGCUGCCCGAUAAUCAUGGAAAGCUAGGGCAAUAUUCCGGGGCAGCUAUAUGGGGCAGUAGUCCAUCCAUCGACGUCCAUAGAAAACAUGUAUAUAUUGUUACUGGCAACAUCUACUCAGUCCCUGAAAAUGUAAGCCAAUGCCAAGAAAAUCAGAACAAUAAUAAUUCAAGUUCAACCCUACCCACUCAUCCAGAUGCGUGUGUUGAGCCUCAAAACCACGGCCACUCAAUCCUAGCCCUUGAUCUGGACGGCGGCGAUAUCAAGUGGUACCGCCAGCUGGGCGGCUACGACGUGUGGUUUCUUUCGUGCUUCAUUAAUGCUUCAACAUGCCCCACUGGACCAAACGUGGAUGCUGACUUUGGGGAAGCACCGAUGAUGCUCCGGACCUAG